AUGAAGCUGUCCCUGCCGUCCCCGAAUCGGGGCGUCCGUGCUGCUGACGCCGGCGCCGGCAGCACCGCUGGAGAUCCCGCGGCGGGAGCUGGAGGCCGUGCUGCGACGCCUGGGCCACGCCGAGCCGAGCUCGACGCCGUGGCCGCCCUCGCCGCGCAGCCUCCGCCUGCAGACGCCGACGGCGACCUCAUGGAUGCGUUCCGCGUGUUCGACGCCGACGGCGACGGCCGCAUCACCGCCGAGGACCACCGCGCCGUCCUAGAGGGCAUCCUCGGCGGCGGGCCCGACGGUGGGUGCAGCCUCGACGACUGCCGCCGCAUGAUCGGCGGCGUUGACGCCGACGGCGACGGCUUCGUCGGGUUCCAGGACUUCGCGCGCAUGAUGAUGACCGCCACCGCAGCCACGUUCGCCGACGCCCGGACCUUCUUGUGA